CGACGCAGGACGUGCGUGCGUGCGUGCGUGCGUGCUCGCUCACGGCGGCGGCGGCGGAGCAGAGAGGCCAGAGCCGGAGAUCGAACUGGGAUCGGGCCCCGGGCGGGGGCGGUGCGAGCGGCGCCAAGCGGAUCCUGGGGGCGGGGACGGAGCCGGGUCGGGCGGGACUGGAACGGAGCCCGGGAACGGGGCGGGAGGUCCUAGGGUCCCGGGUUGGGGGGGUGGAGCCGCACUUCGUUGCCGCGGGGGUGCCGGGACUCUCCGGCCGCUGUGCCGCCGCCAUCACGGACUUCCUGUGGGACAAGCGCACGGGCCUCGCCGCCAGAACGAUGCCUCAUCCCCGAAGGUACCACUCCUCAGAGAGAGGCAGCCGAGGGAGUUACCAUGAACAGUAUCGAAGCCGAAAGCAUAAACGACGAAGAAGUCGCUCCUGGUCAAGUAGCAGUGAUCGGACAAGGCGGCGCAGGCGGGAGGAUAGCUAUCAUGUUCGUUCCCGAAGCAGCUAUGAUGACCGUUCACCUGACCGGAGGGUAUAUGACCGGCGAUACUGUGGCAGCUAUAGGCGGAAUGACUACAGUCGGGAUCGGGGAGAGGCCUACUAUGACACAGACUAUCGGCAUUCCUAUGAGUAUCAUCGAGAGAACAGCAGUUACCGCAGCCAGCGAAGCAGCCGGAGGAAGCACAGACGGCGGAGGAGGCACAGCCGGACGUUCAGCCACUCGUCUUCGCAGCACAGCAGCCGGAGAGCCAAGAGUGUAGAGGACGACGCUGAGGGCCACCUCAUCUACCACGUCGGGGACUGGCUACAAGAGCGAUAUGAAAUUAUUAGCACCUUAGGAGAGGGGACCUUUGGCCGAGUUGUACAGUGUGUUGAUCAUCGCAGGGGAGGUGCUCGAGUUGCCUUGAAGAUUAUUAAGAAUGUGGAGAAGUACAAAGAAGCAGCUCGACUUGAAAUCAAUGUGCUAGAGAAGAUCAAUGAAAAGGACCCUGACAACAAGAACCUCUGUGUCCAGAUGUUUGACUGGUUUGACUACCAUGGCCACAUGUGUAUCUCCUUUGAGCUUCUGGGCCUUAGCACCUUUGAUUUCCUCAAAGACAACAACUACCUGCCAUACCCCAUCCACCAAGUGCACCACAUGGCCUUCCAGCUGUGCCAGGCCGUCAAGUUCCUUCAUGACAACAAGUUGACACAUACGGACCUCAAACCAGAAAAUAUUCUCUUUGUGAAUUCAGACUACGAGCUCACCUACAAUCUAGAGAAGAAGCGAGAUGAGCGCAGUGUGAAGAGCACAGCUGUGCGGGUGGUAGACUUUGGCAGUGCCACCUUUGACCAUGAGCAUCAUAGCACCAUUGUCUCCACUCGCCAUUACCGAGCACCAGAGGUUAUCCUUGAGUUGGGCUGGUCUCAGCCUUGUGAUGUAUGGAGCAUAGGCUGUAUCAUUUUUGAGUACUACGUUGGCUUUACUCUCUUCCAGACACAUGACAACAGAGAACAUCUAGCCAUGAUGGAAAGGAUUCUGGGUCCCAUCCCUUCUCGGAUGAUCCGAAAGACAAGAAAACAGAAAUAUUUUUACCGGGGCCGCUUGGAUUGGGAUGAGAACACAUCAGCUGGCCGCUACGUUCGUGAGAAUUGCAAACCUUUGCGGCGGUAUCUGACCUCUGAGGCAGAGGAACACCACCAGCUCUUCGAUCUGAUUGAAAGUAUGCUAGAGUAUGAACCUACUAAGCGGCUGACCUUAGGUGAAGCCCUUCAACAUCCGUUCUUCGCCCGCCUUCGGACUGAGCCACCUAAUCCCAAGUUGUGGGACUCCAGUCGGGAUAUCAGUCGGUGACAAUGAGACCCUGGGCCCCCCUGCAUCACUUACAGCAGUGGGUGCCCAGUCCAGGACACUGGUGCUUUUUUAUACAAGAGAACAGAGCCGGAGCUCAUUCCCUCCUGGCUCCCUAUAUUCCUGUGAAUAUGUGAAGUAGUGUAAAUAUGACAGAACUUGUACCAAUCACUUCAACCCUUGCCUUGUACAUAAUGCUAUUCAUCCAUACACUUCCCACCCUCAAUUGCCUCCCUCAAAGGUAGUUGGAUGGGGGCAGAUUGAGGUAACCAGGUGGCAUCUAUCCCAUGUUUUAUAAGGAAUUUUGUACAGUGUUUGUGAAAUAAAAUGACGUGCUUCAUCUGACCCCCA